AUCACGUGCGCUCGCGGGAGGCUCGUGUGCCUAGUUCCACCAGCUACGUGGAGCAGCUUUGGGGAGCGGUUCCUGACUUGAGCUCCUUGCAUCAACUCCUUCUCCAAUUUGUUGAUGGUUUGUUCGUGUUCUCCAAAGUCGCUGUUCCCCUUGACGAUGUAAUUUCGCCACGAAGUCUCCUGCUGCUAUCAUCUGCGUCUCCUUGGCUCAUGUGACUUCGCCUCUGUGCUAUUCGCGCGCGGUCCUGACUCCUGCGCCCCGGGUGCCACAGCAUCUAGCCUCAUUAUUGAUUUGCGACACGUCACUCACUCAUGAGGUGGGAUGGCCUCCGGAUCGACGGAGGAUGACCCUGCUGGUGCGGGCACCAAAAGGAAAGCAGACGAUUCUCUAAGCGACAGCCAACCAGCCAAGCGGAUUCGAGCCCUCGACCCAGACGUCGUCAAUAAAAUCGCCGCAGGUGAAAUUAUCGUAGCGCCUGUCCAUGCACUCAAAGAGUUGAUCGAAAACGCCGUCGACGCUGGCUCCACCUCGAUUGAGAUCCUGGCCAAGGAAGGCGGAUUGAAACUGCUUCAAAUCACCGACAAUGGCUGCGGUAUCCAGAAAGACGACCUGGUGCUGCUCUGCGAGCGGCAUACCACCUCCAAGAUUACAUCAUUCGAGGAUCUCACGUCAAUUUCUACCUAUGGAUUUCGAGGCGAGGCCCUGGCCAGCAUCAGCCACAUCGCUCACCUUACAGUGACGACAAAGACCAAGGACUCCAACCUCGCCUGGCGUGCUCACUAUCAAGAUGGACGCCUUGCAUCACCCAAACCUGGGCAACCGGCGGAGCCAAAGGGGGUGGCAGGCCGCCCUGGGACACAAAUCACUGUGGCAGAUCUGUUCUAUAACGUGCCGACACGUCGCAGGGCGUUUCGGUCGCCUGCGGACGAAUUCAACAAGAUCAUUGACAUGGUGGGCCGGUAUGCGAUACACUGCAAGGGGGUUGGGUUCACGUGCAAGAAAGCCGGCGAAUCUUCGACGAGUCUUUCGGUGCAGGCGCACGCCACGGUGAACGACAGGAUACGACAGAUCUACGGGGCGAGCGUGGCGAACGAGCUCAUCAGCUUCAAGGCGACGGACGACCGUUGGGGCUUCCAGGCGGAUGGCUUGGUGACCAAUGCAAACUACCACAUCAAGAAGACGACGCUCCUUCUCUUCAUCAAUCAUCGCUCAGUCGAAUCGCCCGUCAUCAAAAAGGCAGUGGAGCAGACGUACAGUGCAUAUCUUCCGAAAGGAGGGCACCCUUUCGCCUACCUGAACCUGGAAAUCGACCCCGCGAGAGUGGACGUCAAUGUCCAUCCUACAAAACGAGAAGUACAUUUCCUGAACGAAGAUGAGAUUGUCCAGGCAAUCUGCCAAGAAAUCGAGACCAAGCUAUCGGAAGUCGACGCCAGCCGCACUUUCAUGACCCAGACACUCCUACCGGGGGCGGGCCCUCUUGAUCCCUCGCCCCCUCCUGACAGCCUCAAGCCGCAGACGUCGUACGCAGCCUCUGGCAGGACCCCGGCGAAGAACCCAGCCUCACUCGUCAGGACGGACACGACCGAGCGAAAGCUCACAAGCAUGUUCACAUAUACCCCUGGGUCAAGCAAAGCGUCCAAAUUUGGGGAUCGGGCCGAUGAACCUCUGUCGAAACCCGAGAACAUUGAGUACCAGACAAGCGACAAGGAGCCCACGCUCUGUCGACUACGAAGUGUCAAGGCCCUGCGAGCCGAGGUGCGAGAGAAGAUGCACACGGAGCUUACUGAAAUCUUCUCGACACAUACCUUCGUUGGGAUCGUGGACGAGCAGAGGCGCUUGGCGGCGAUUCAGGGGGGCAUCAAGCUCUACUUGAUUGACUAUGGUCACACUUGCUUCGAGUACUUCUACCAACUGGGAUUGACGGAUUUCGGCAACUUUGGAUCCAUCAAGUUCAACCCACCGUUGAACGUGGAGGAACUCGUUCGCAUGGCAGCCAAAACGGAGCGCAAUGGUUUGGAAGGCACGGACAGAGACUUUGACGUCGAUCGAGUGGUGCGAAAAGUAGUGUCUCGCUUGAUUGAGCGGCGUGAGAUGCUCCUGGAAUACUUCUCCUUUGAGGUCUCGGCUGCGGGUGACCUCUUCAGCAUACCGCUGCUCGUCAAGGGCUACACGCCGGCACUGGCGAAACUUCCGCGUUUCCUCCUCCGACUCGGGCCGAACGUACAGUGGGACGAGGAACAGCCCUGCUUCGAGACGUUUCUGCGAGAGCUCGCCACGUUCUACGUGCCCGAACAGCUCCCCGCGAUACCCGGUGGCGAGGGCGGCCACAGGGAAGAGGACAUUCCCGAACAGGUCAGGGGCAGGCGCCAGCAUGUACGAUGGGCGGUCGAGAACAUUUUCUUUCCAGCAUUCAAGGCGCGCUUGGUGGCUACAGAGGGAUUGAUGAAGGGAGGCGUGUUGGAAGUGGCGAAUUUAAAGGGGCUGUAUCGGGUUUUUGAACGAUGCUAAAGAGAAAGGGACAACGGGCGUCUAUAUGGGGAGAGUUUUGUUGGGCGCACUUCAGUCUGGCGUUCCAUAGCAAGGGAUAUUUUUGGCAGCCAUUAGACAUAAUCAAUCUCACGAGACAAUGAAACA